GAAAGCAUAAGUCAUGAGGACUCAAGCAAGCAUUAGGAUUAAGAAUAAAGAGACAUUGUGCAGAAGAAGUUUGCAAUUAUGUGGGCAUGAAGAUGUCCAUGUCAUGCUGAGCUUCGUGGGGGAAGAUACAUAUUCCAAAGCAUGGAGCUAAGAUGUUGCAGAUGUAUAAGGACAAGCAAUUUCUAUUUGUCUGAGCUUAAAAAGUAUUCACUAGACUUUGAUACUAACAGAUUAUGGAUUUCUAGUAUCUCACUUGUUGGAUUUGUUGGUUGUUCUGGCGGCAGGAGGUUAGCAAUGUUGGAGGGUGUAGUUUUGGACAUGCAAAGUGGAACCAAAAGCUCUGGAUCGUACAUUGAUAAUGAGGAUUCUUUUGUGUGCCUUGCUGUAUCAUUG